AUGGCUGAGAAUCCUUCCGAAUCCCAGCCUGCCGAUGUCAUUAAACAAUCUAACAGGAUUCUGCAGCUCGCCAGAGAGCAGAUGAAGAAGGGUGGAAGUUAUCUUUCGGAUUUGCAAAAUAGUAGACCCGAAUCUCAAAUCGCCGUUCCUUAUUUGCAAACUCCAGAAGAUGCCCAAGCCCCUCCAAGUCCCACAAAGCCAAGUGGUGCAGAUGCAACUAUCCAAGAGAGAUUAAAAGCUCUCAUGGCACAAAAAUUAAAAUCAGAUUUAAGUACAACAACACUACAAAUUCAAAAACCAACUACUCCAACUGAAAUUGCUGAAGAACAAGUUCAGGAGCAAGAAGAUCAAAAAAUCGAAGCAAAACCUUUAGUAAAAGAAGUAGUCGUUAUUACAGAUGAAAUCGCACCAACAGAUCAGAAGUUUUUGGCUCUUGCUACAGAGCAAUAUCCAUUACAACAAGAUAAUGUUCAAUUUGUACCUCAAAAUAAAGCAGAAGAAGGUUUUUGGAUUCCAGAUUUACCUCUAUGCAAACCAUGUAAUGUAACUAGAUUAGAGAACAGAUGCUUAUGGGCUGAUGCCAAUAGACAACAAUUUUUUGAAGCAGAUGGUCAUAUUCGUGCUGAUACGCCUACUGUCAUCCAAAUUCCACCACCAUUCCCAAUAGAUCCACCCAGUCAUGAUGGUGCUGGUCUUUUGAUGUUUCAUGCAGCACAAAAUGAAGAAAUAGUCGAUGCUGAUAUUGCAAGGAAAUUAAUAUUAGAAAUUCGUAGUGUUCAUUUUCUCAUUCACUCUCUUUCCUCACCGGAGGAUAUUUUGUCGUUCCGUCUUAACAUGGCUUACAAGGCAUAUCAAGAAAAUUUAUCUGCAAACAAAAGACAGCUUUUCCAGAAAAGACAACAUGCCCUCUUAAAAGAGCUUGAUAACGAAAAGGAAGAUGCAAAGAAAAUUGUCAUCAUUCAGAAAUUACUUCAAAGUUUCGACGAUUACGAUAAUGAAGGCAGUCUUCAAGGCAGUUUGCGUGAUGAACUUAUUCGUAUUAGUCAUGAUCUUAAAGAUUCUCGUGCAAACUAUACUUCUACAAAUACUUUACUUAGAUGGCAGAAAGCAAACCCAACAGAAGAAGAAGUUGAACGCGAAAAGAAGAUUCUAAAUAAGGAAAUUGAAACAAGAGCACGUUUAACAAUUCAACUUGCUGAAUUACUCGGAGAGCCAAAGCUUGAUAUCAAGCAAGUCCAAGAAGAAAUCAUUGCCAAGCGUAAAAACUUAUAUCUCAGAAACCCAGGUGAUCCAAAAUGGUUUGCAGUUUUCUCAUCGGACGCUGCAAUUACUCCAAAUGAUCAAGUUCCAGCAGAAGAACAGCAGAGAAGAUCAGAUAUUCAAAAUACUCAAACAUCAGUAAGAAUUAUAAUUCCAAAUCAGAGUGUUUUCAACACUCAAUAUGCAAAAUUAACUUCUAAUUUUGAAUCAUUAAUCAAUAAGCAGUUCGAAAUACAGACAACAAGACUUCCAUCAUCAAUUAUUCUUGAAGUUUGGGAGAUGGAUACAAAGAAAAAAGAAAGAGCUGUUGCCAGAGUUUCAAUUCCUGUUUAUGUUGGUACUCCACCUGAAUUUUUCUCAUAUGAAUUCUCAUCCGACUUCCAGCUUCCUAAUGGAAAUCUCAUUACUGGUACUGUUGAAGCCAGAAUCUACAUCAAACCAGAAGAAAAUGAAAAGAUUUUGGUUUCCAUUCCAGAUCAGAACGCAAGAACUAAGAAGAGAUUGCUUGGAGAUCCUUCCCAAUUCAUUUCUGCCCCUAGAUAUGAAGACGAUGCAAAGUCAUUUGAUCCAAAUGAUCCUUAUGUUGUUGCUAACCUUGCUACGAUUGCCUCUAGACAUGCAAAAGAAAGAGUUAACAAUAAUUUCAGACUGGAUUCCGCAGCAAAUGCUGUUUGUUUGAGCUCAUUUGUUCCUGCAUCAGUUAAUUUCCAAGCUAAACUUCGUAUACAACAGAUGAUAGAUGAAAAGAAGAGGAAAGAAAUGAUGGAGAAGAAGAGCAAAACAGUUCCUGAUGAUUACAUUGAGCAUGUCAAAGAUAAGGAAGAUGUCCAAACAGCUGUUGUCAAACCACAACUCCAAUAUACAGAUAUUGUCAAAGAAGCGCCAAUGCCUACAUUGCCAUCUCUUCUUGCUGCAAUCCUCGCAAGAUUCUUCAUGUUCAGACCACUCAAACCAAUCAGAAAGGAACGUGUUCCAUCAUCAAAUAUCCAGCAGUACUCAAAGAUCAUUAUUCACAUUAUCAGAACGUCAACUGUUCCUCAGAGAGUUGUCAUUGGAACAGGUCCUGGCACAGAAAGCAGUCUUGUUUAUUCAAGUGCAACAGAACAAACAUCUGCUUGUUUUGCUCGUGUCACCUACGAUGGAACAGUCAAAGAAACAGAUGUAAUUACUGGUGCAGCACCAGAAUGGAACCAAAGAUUCCAAUUUGCUGUUGCAAAGAAUGCAAACGAAACUCCAACAAUCUCAGAUUUGCAGCAGAAAGACAUCAGAAUCGAUCUCUUCGAUAAGAUUUCAUUCCAAGUCAUUGAAGAUGAUCGUGAACAACAGACAACACACCAAGUUACAGAAAACAGAAGUCUUGCAUCAAUCACAUUCCCUGUCGAAGCAAUUUGGGCCAGUGGAAAAGUUGAUGGCAUCAUAACACUUAAUACUCCACCAUUUAUUCUUGGCUACAAGAACGAAAAUGGUGAUAUGCAGAUGAAAGUCUUCUUCACAAUCGAUCCUCCAAUGAAGUUCUCUCCUCUUGUCACAGGAAAGGAUUCUGCCGAAACAACACAAAUCACAGAAAGAGCUGAAAGAUGGAUGAAAACAAUGUUAGAAAAUGAAAUAACAAGACCAAGAUAUUUGUCUCUUUUGACACAUCCAAAGAACUACAAACCAUUCCUUAUUUGUAGAAUGAUCAUGAGACAGAAUCCUCCUGAGGAAAUGAUGAACAAAUCACCACAAGAACUCGCAAGAUUUGUUUCAUUGAUUCCAAAUCUUUCUGAUAACAAAGUCUAUGGAAUUAUCGGAGAUUUGUGGAAUACUUCUCAGCAAUUCUUGAACUUGAAUGCAGGUGAUGAAGAAGAACACGCAUCUUUGCUUUGCAACUAUUUCAAGUACAAAGAUAUCAAUGCUUUCUUAGUUUUCGGUUACACAAUUGAUAACGGCAGAACAAUCUAUGUUUUGACAAAGAACGGAAGCUCAGGAAAUAUGACACUUUGGGAUCCAAAUACAGGAAGAUCAUUCCCAACAACAUCUUCUGCUUGUCCGAUGUAUUCUGUUGGUUGCGUUGCCAAUGAAUCAAAUGUCUGGGCAAACAUUCAAGCAACCCCAGAACCAUGGAAACUCAAAUGGAAUUUCCAAGCAACAUCAGAUUGGCAUCCUUUCUGGCCAGAGAACGGAGAUCUUCCACCAUUCGAUUCUCCUCAAGAGCAACAUCUUAACUAUUCAAAGCAGUUGUCGAGAGAAGAUAUCGAUGUUCUUCAGGCUCAGAUAGAAUCAGAUAUCAGAGCUUGCGUUGAAAGAUUGCGUGAAUCAUCACAAAGAUCAUUAUGGAAUACAUCUUUGAUUGGUACUCAGUUAGAGCGCGCUUUAGAGUUAUGUGAAAUAUCUGCUUCAACAGGAACACAACAGAGAGAAUUUGAAAAUAUUAAUAUGCAAAUUAAAAAUGACUUCCCACUUAUUAGAGUAUUUGGUACCCCAUUCUGCUUGCCUUUUACAGAUAAGAAAUGCAUUGGAAAAGAAGUAACGGAUGAAAUUAUAGCUAGAGAAGUAUAUAAGACUGAAAAGAAGAAUAUAGAAUUUGCUGUUAAAGUUAAGAUCUUCCCUUAUCCAAAUGGAAGAGCUGCUGUGUGGGUUUUCUUUGCGAUAUUAGAGAAUAUCAGACCAGGAGCGCACAGAUUGUAA